AUGAACGCCAACAUCCCGGACGCCGUGGGCCCUGAGCUGCUGCUGGUGUCCGUGUCGCCGCGUGACUCCGGUCACUACACAUGCCGCGUUCACAACGAAAUCAGCUACGCCUUCACUGACUGGAUCAGGCUGAGGGUGCUGGGCGAUCAAACGACACCAGAGAAAAGACCUGGUCCUGUGGAGCACACGGAGGCCACGGGGGCCACGCAGGCCUGGGGUCCCCAGAGCCCCUCACAGUCGCCCUUCUUACCCCUCGUUACCGGAACCACACCGCCCUGCGCGCCCCCCCUGGUCGACGCCCGUGACCUCACGUCGCUGCUGCGCGUGCUCGACUUCCGGGUCGUGACCCUCAUUGACCUCGACCUCCAGCACAUGCGGCUGGCCGUGGCGCGGUUCCUUGAGCUGCUGGACGAGGGCGUGUAUGGUCUGCUCUACUUCGCGGGCCACGGCUUUGAGAACUAUGGGCAGAGCUAUCUGGUCCCCGUGGAUGCGCCGAGGCCCUACCUGAGCGAGCACGCGCUCAGCGCUACCACCAUCCUGCGGGGCAUGCAGGCCCGGCGCACGGGCCUCAACGUGCUGCUGCUCGACAUGUGCCGCAAGCGCAACGUGCAUGAGUGCACGGUGCCACCUGUGGAGACACUGGAGGUGACGGCCAACAUCGUGUUUGGAUACGCCACUUGCCAGGAUGCGGAGGCCUACGAGCUGGACGUGGGCCCAGGGGAGAAGGCCGGCGUGGCAAAUGGCCUCUUCAUGCGCUUCCUCAAGGAGCGGCUGCUGGAGGACCGCAAGGUGACGGCGAUGCUGGAUAGCGUCGCCGAAGACAUGGGCCGCUGUAACCUGGCACGCGGGAGGCAGGCGCUGGAGAUCCGGAGCAGCCUGUCUGAGCGGCGUGCCCUCACCGACCCCCGCAGACCUGCCCACGGCUUCCCCGCGCGCUCCAUCUACCAGCGCUGGGCGCAGGCGCACGAGCUACCCCCCAGCCGCACGCGCGAGUUUGACUCGGGCUGCCUUGUGCACUUGGGCUUUGCUGCCGAGUUCUCCAACGUGCUGGUGAUCUACGCACGAGUCCUGGAGCGCGGCGCCGGCGUGGUCUCGUGCCGCGCAUAUGUCACCGACCUGCCGGACGAGCUGGAAGUGGAUGCCAAGAUGAGCAAUCUUAGUAGCCUGGAGGUGCUCGGCAGCGAGGGGUCAGUACCUCACCGCCCGGCAGAGCCGUGCUUCUACACACGUGUCACAGGACUGCAGCACCUGCGGGGAUCGCUGACCUUCUCCAUGGUUCUCGAGUGCCACUAUGGGGAGAUGGACAUGAUGGAGACUUGGGCCCUGGACAUCGGCACUCCGCUGGCCGCCCAGCUGGGCUCAGCACCGUCACCGCACACCUCCACGCCACCGCACACACCGAACCUCACGCUCCCUGCGUCCCCCAUCUCGCCGCUCGCACGGCCGGCUGCUCCCUUCGCCGACUGUGCCAUCAGGUCCCCCUCCCUCCCGUCCUCAGCGGGAUUUGGGGUGGCUCAAUCACCCAGUCGCACAGAAUCGUGGAGCUGGGGUCCGUACGAUCAUCGCCACGCCGGUCCUGUGUCAUCACCACUGCCACAGUCACCGCCACCGAAUGCAACGUCCCCACGCUAGGAUGUGGCAUGGCGGCUAUCCGAGUCGAGGGACGGUGAUGGUUGAGGCUGGACCGCAACCCUCGCCGUGCGUCUCGCGGUCAGGGCCGGUACUCAGGAAGACCUGGGGUGGGCCCUAGUGGGUUAUGACCCACCUUUUGCCCAUCCAGGUUCACUCUCCUUGGCGGGAGUCACUGCUAUGGUGUCUCCCACACGACAGCUCUUCUGCCCCCCCCCCCCAUGCUGAGAGAUGGAGCCAGGCUUCGUCACGGUGGAGUUGUCACUGAAAUCGUAAAAGGGAAACUCUGGGAGCCACUUCCACCAUCGCGCGUCGUGGCUGUGUGCUCGUUUCCACAUUAAAUGAGGGAUGUGAAA